AGCGCGACCUUUGAUCAAUCAAUAAGAUUUUUUCACACUGUAGCCGACGAAUUUCUCUCAGUGCAGUAAACUACGAUGAAUUCCGAUUCUCACACCUGUUUGCCCGAGGCUGCUGUUAUAGGCGAUCUUCCCAGAGAUGAGGGAAGUGACAACAUUGCCGAAUCUGUCGACGAGCUGCGAGCUAAGCUAAGCAGGAUGAAGCGUCUCAUGGAGGCUCGCAAAGGAACGACUCUUGGUGAUCUCAGUGCGCGAAAAAAGAAGGAAACAUCCGACAUAAUAGACGGGAACUUUUUGUCCUGGAUUUUCGGCUCCGCACUCGCAGUUAUACUGAGCGUUAGCUUCUACGCGUUUUACAACCUCUACAACGCAGUACUGAAGAAGUUUCCUCCACGCCACUCGGAGCUGUAGAUAUUUUGCGCUAAAAUUUGAACCUACGUCUUGGUGAAGGAGUCUUUAAAAUCGUUUCAAUUGUCAUUCGAUUCUUAGAAUAAUCAAGGAAGGGAUAAUUUCUUGCUAGGCAUAGAAAUAAUUUUUGCCCAAUAGAAAACUGAUUUAUAUUCACUAGAAUCGGGUCGCUUUGUCUUUAUCAAGUUGUCGCUGGUUAAGGGACCCCAAUUUCAGGGAAGAAUUAGAUAUACUUAAGUGCACAGCAAUAUUUAUGGAUAUAGUGAUAUAUCAUUCUGAUCCUGAUUUUUAUUUAGUCUCAACUUACGCGAAUUUUUUCAGUCCAGUUUAUUCUUUCGCGCGUUUUACUGUAAUGUAAAUUACGUCGAAUCGUACACAAAUAAUCGUAUAAUAACAGUCUUGAACGUAUUACGUAAAUAAAUGGCAAAGGAAAUUAUACGUUUGCAAAAUACCGCUUUAGAUGAUCUUUGGGCAUCAAAGAGUGUCCUCAAACAAUUGAUUAGCUCAUGCUACAGAAUUUUUUAAACUUUGAAAUCGUUUUCUACAAAAUGAUUGAUUUCGAAAUGUCAAAAUUAUUGAUAUUAACCUUUUAAUAUUCUACAUUUUCUUUCAGUAGAGGUAACAGUUAUAUUUCAGGGGUAAAAUUUACGCACAUAUUAUACUUGUAAAUGAAUAUUUUGCCAUAUUCAAGGAGGGAAUUCAUUAUGCCCACAUUCCUAGUUGUUGAAUAAGAAACGAAUGUAUACAAAUUCCUAGUCAAUAUUUAAUUAUACUAAUUGAGAUUGAAGUCUUUACAUUCUGCUCAAAAAUAAAUUAUUUGUUACGAUACUUCGCUACGAUUAUGACAAGAAAUCUAAGAUCGCAUGUAGUCGAAAUCACAUCGGGACGUGCCGAUGAAAAAUUCACUAAGUGAAAGAACGAUCGUUUUGUGCCAAACUAUUUGUGACUGAGUUUUGAUAUUAUAACUGCCGUGUAGUUAUGGAUAAAUAACAUACCAUAAGUGUUUUAACCUUUAAUUACUUCUACUGUUGCCAUGUUAGUGCAAUCAUUAUUCUAAUGAGUUUUUAUAUUUAUUUAUAACCACAAAUAUUUAUU